CGGAUGACCUGCUCAGCCUUUCGCCAUGAAUGGUGUGGGACGCUGGGUUUGUUGCGGUGUGACGCAUGUCCUGCUCGCCGGGGCGGCCGAAGUGGCGUGGAAUUCCCGCGUUCCGGCCAAUGAAGCAUCGGGACCGUGGCGCUCCAUGUUCAAGGAGCGAGACCCCAGGGUGGAGGGCUGGCUUCGGCAUCCCUUGGAUGAUCGCGUUUCAGCCCUUCGCAACCAGCUGGAAAGAAGAAAUUGCAUGGCAGACAUGCCCACUUUCUCAGCAGCAGACCCUGAGUACAAUUUGACUGACGCCACCGCUUCUUUUCAUCGAAAUGGAUUUCUCAUCCUGGAAGACGCGCUCCCAGAUCAGCUUUUGCAUGGACUACGGAACGCGUCAAGCUACAUUAUGGACAAGAUCUUUGAAGUAGACCCUGAAGGAAGUUUCGGAGGUGGUGCUGGCAAACUACCACACAGAUACAGCUUGGGAGAUUCUUCUGCCACAAAGUCAAACUUCCACUUGGAGGCAUAUGCUGCCUUAGUGGAUUUGCCCACCACAACUCCACUGCUGCAGGGCAUAUUUGGUUCUCCUGACUACCUUGCAGCAGGGUGUGGAGGCGAUGUUGUGCUCGCUGGCGCCAUUGAGUAUCAGUCCCUUCAUCCAGACGCCAUUUGGGGCCAGUUGGAAGCAGAAGUAUCAGAAUAUGACGUGCCUCCAGCUGUGACAGCAUCUCGGCUACAGCACAGCACAAUGCGCGCUGCCUGUACGGCUUGUCCGGCUCGGGUUUUUCUCGCCUGGGCCAAGAUCAACUUCGUGCUCCAGAACCUUACAGCGACCAACGGGGCGAUGCGUAUCGUACCGGGCUCGCAUCGCUGGCGAGAACGCCCUCCCAGCUUGCUCGAGGAGCCAGACUGGAUGCGGCUCAACACCUUGUGCCCCGUAAAAGCAGGAGCAGCAGUUUUCCGUGAUAAUCGUUGCUGGCAUGGUGGAACUCCCAAUCUUGCAGAAGGCCUGCGUGCGCUUCCAAACGUGGAGUAUUUUCCACCUGGUGCCAUGCCUUCCUUGGGGUGGCUUGACCGACCGACAAUGCCACUUGAGAUUUGGCAGCAACUGUCCCCGCUGGCAAGACACAUCUCGCGAGGCUUGGUAGUACAGCCAGGGGAGCAGAUAGUAGGCCAAGGAAUCUACUCGCCAGCUUCCAUUCUGGACAUCAUGCCGUUCCUUCGUGGAUGAAGUGGUGGGACUCGGCGUGUUCUCCAGUGUCUUCCUGGAAGAGGGAUGUCGGAGAUGUCGAAGGCGCGAGAUGCUGGAGUCAAGGAACGUCGAGAACCGUCAGACAGGCAAGGCCAACCGCCUCCGGGGUGAAGCGCCUAAAGCUCCCGUAUGCAAAACCGAAAGGAC